GCCUACAGCUAUGUUUUUUUUGUUUCUGUAAAACGCGUAACUGUUUUCCGUGAAUAAAAUUGUUGAAAAGGAAAAUAAAUCGGUUGACCGACAACAGUAUUUUCUCCCGGUAUGGCUUAGUCAAGGCGUGGAUGGAAAACGGAAUAAAUCACUGCGGGAAACUGCACACAUCUUAUGGCCCCGGACCCGGUAGUGCCCUGGAUAGCUUUCCCUAUUGUCCCCCUUGGGGUUGUCUAUUCGGUGCAACAUAGCUGUGAAGUAUGCAAUGCACCAAGAGGUCAGCAAGGAAAGUGGCUUCUCCGCAGUGCAGUUGUAAGCAGUCUGCAGUAAUCUGACUUCUACAGUGGACGAAACCUUCAUCUGGGUUUGAGUGCAGUAGACUGCUUCCUCCCAAGUGUCUGUGCCCAAUGUCCUUGAUACGCCACGAACAUGAGCAGGGGAGGAGUCUGUGUACUGUAGACCAAUCGAAUCGCUCCUGAUUUCCAUUUGGCUCCCUCUCGCUCCUCUUUGGGCCCUGCCUCCCAAAACUCGAAAUGAAGAACGUGAGCCAGUGGUCGGAGGAGGACGUAUCUCGCUGGCUGACAGAGCUGGGCAUGCAGGAGUACCUGGAGGCCUGCGGGCCCCUGGACGGCCCGGCCCUGCUGGAGCUGUCCAGGGAGGACUUCCGGGGCCCCCCUCUGUCGCUCGUCACCUCCGACGGCGGGACGCACCUCCUGGAGAAGAUCGAGACUCUGAAGAUGGAGCACCACAUCGAGGCGCACAAGAACGGGCACGCCAACGGCCACGUGGCGGGCGACGGGAAGGGCAAGCGGAACGGCGGGCUCAACGGCUUCCGCAAGGACGAGGUGCAGAUCGCCAUCUCCGAGCCGGAGCGCUCGCCGUACCCGCUGGAGUGGGGCAAGACGGCCAUGGCCUUCUGCUACGCCGUCUGCUGCUUCAUCUUCACCACCGUCAUGAUCUCCGUGGUCCACGAACGCGUGCCUUCCAAGGACGAGGACCCCCCGCUGCCCGACAAGUUCUUUGACAUUUUCGACAGAGUGGAGUGGGCGUUCUCCAUAUGCGAGAUCAAUGGCAUGUUACUGGUCGGCCUGUGGCUGCUGCAGUGGGUGCUGUUGAAAUACAGGUCCAUUGUAGGGCGGAGGUUCUUCUUCAUUGUUGGUACACUCUACCUGUACAGGUGUAUCACCAUGUAUGUCACCACCCUUCCAGUGCCUGGGAUGCACUUCAAGUGUGCUCCAAAGCUGUUCGGAGACUGGGAGGCCCAGAUGCGCAGGGUACUGAAGAUGAUCGCCGGAGGAGGCCUGUCCAUCACAGGAUCUCACAACAUGUGCGGAGACUACCUGUACAGCGGCCACACAGUCAUGCUGACGCUCACGUACCUGUUCAUCAAAGAGUAUUCCCCAAAGAGGUUUUGGUGGUACCACUGGUUCUGCUGGAUUCUCAGCGCUGUAGGAAUCAUCUGCAUUCUGCUGGCACAUGACCACUAUACUGUGGAUGUAGUCGUGGCGUACUACAUCACUACACGCUUGUUCUGGUGGUACCACACCAUGGCCAACCAGCAGGUGCUAAAGGAGACAUCUCAAAGUAACUUUUUCUCGAGAGUGUGGUGGUACCGAAUGUUCCAGUACUUUGAGCAGAACGUACCAGGCAUCGUCCCCCGCAAAUACGAGCUGCCCUUCUCCUGGCGAUCUAUGCAGUGGAGCCACUACAAGUACAGCAGGAUAGACACAUAGUGCCUGCCGCGGUGGGGAACGGACUCGCAGAGACUGCCCAAAGUGCUACAGCCCAAUCACAAGAAGACGCCCUGUGAACCCCUCAGCUGUCCCUGCUCCGGCGAUGGCUUCGACGGGUCGAUGUCAAAGGCGUCAGCACUGUGACCUGUGUUCUCCACGGCAUUUCAUUUUGGAACGGUUCAGAGAACAUGUUAUAAGCACUACUUUUAUUGGUAGAUUUUUUGUAUUUUGCAGUUAGCCAGUGCUUCAAUGUAGAUCUGUCGCAUUUCAAUUAUAUCUAUGUAAUUUAAAAAUAUAUAGAUUGUUCUCUUUGAAAUUUGGAUGGAAGUCUGGAAUUUCUAGUAUGGGUUUCCCAGUAUAAAAGGUAUAAUAUGUUAAAAAUAAUUUUGCAUUUAAGAAAAAGUAGUUUUUUUUCCUCUUUUUUUUGAAAAAGAAUAACAUUUUUGUAACUCCUCGUUAAACGUGACAGAGGUGCAAAAAGAUUUUUCUAUGUGCAUCACAAGUUUAUUUUUCAAACUAAUGCUGAGAAGAGAAACUUUUAGAUUUUUACAUUUGAUGAAAGCAUAGCAAACAGACACAAAUAUAAAGUGGUAUUUCAUGUUUUCUAGUGCCUUCCUCAUCUUGAUUGUACAGUCUUUUGGCGUACUCCUUUAUGUAUUUAUGUUUAUUUUAAUAGCAAUGUAAACUGGUACAUGAUUACUUUGGUUUAAACCACAGAGAAGAGGCGUUGUGUGAAAGUGGUUACCCAAAGUGGUUUCACGAAGUUUGUUAAAUGAAGGACAACAACCUCAAAAUGUUUUUUUCAUUUUCUGAAUGUAAGAAAUUAUUUUAGCUAUAGAAAUGUCUUUCCUGGGCGAGCAAGCUUGAAAAAUACAAUGAGAUGACAAUUCCAAAUUUUUUUUUCCAAUUUGAAUGUUACGUUUUUUGUUCAACGAUCAUUGCUGUUCUGUUACCCUAUUUGUUCAUGCCAAACAGCUGUGUGUCUUGGGCUCUGCAGUGUUUGGGUCCCAGGCCUGUACAAUGGAACGUGAAGUAGGGUGACAGUCAUAGCUGGGAGAGGUCUUGUCGGCGUCUUGCCCCGUGGCACCUGCAUGAUGACAAAAAGAAUGUGACAUCCCCCCCCCCCCCAUCCUUGUUCUCCUCUCCUCAAGUCUAUACCUCAGAACUACGCUGUAAACUACCCAAUGAGAGAAACUGCUGUCAGUGAUGCUGUGUUGGGAAGAAGACAAAAUAAAUGACAAACUUCCACAGAUCCUGCACAUUUUUGCUUGGAGUCAUGUUUUUAUUUUUAUUUUAUUUUUUACUUCAUUUUGUAAGACCAUUGCCAUGCCAUUUAUUUACAGAAAAAUGAAUUCAUUUAAUUUUUGUAUUAUUAUUUUUUUUUUUUUUUUUUUUUUUUUUUUUCUAUUUAGCUUGUCUGUGCUGUUUUCCUGUCACAGAUGCUUUUCAAUUGACGUUGCCCCAACUUGUUGUAUGCAUUGCACAGACUUAUUUGGAGUAACCAGAUCUCCCAUCUGCCUUCCGUUCUCCUUAACUACUGCCGGUUUCGGAUAGUAACAGGAGAUUCUGGUGCUAUAUUGCAGUACAGAUUGUCCAUUACAAAAGCUAGACAGAAGGUCCAGUAUCAUUGGUCAUUCCGCUUAAUGAAUUUUCAGAAGAUCCGUGCAGUUUUAGUUUUUCCUUUUGUUUGAAGGAAUGUUUGAUGUUAAGACAGUUGUCGGAUUAGAUCUGUGCUCCAGAUGUCUAAUGUGAGCAAAGGAGUCUACAGAGAGCACUGUGCUGGCCCUAACCCUCCUGACUGGCCGAUGAUGCGUCCAAUCACGUCACUGUGUGGGACACAGUCAGCACCCGCAUGUUUGGCAUUCAAUCCCUGCGAUAUAUCCCUACAGCAGGGAUACUCGAUCUCACCCAGAAAGGGCCGUGUGGGCGCUGACUGUGUAACUGCUUGGUUGGAACAAAAGCCUGCACGCACACUGGCCCUUUCUGGGAAAGAUCCCAAAUCUUUCCCUUCCCUACACCAUGCACCAGCCCGAUAGCCAAGUCUUUGACCCGGCAUCAUUUUUAGUCAAAUCUCUGAAAUACCUGUGUGGGAGAGUAGGAUAAGCUAGUGUGAUGAAGAGCACUGGCUCCACUUGAACACAGCUCACUCCUGGGUGGCCCUCUUGCCAGAACAUUCUGACCCUGUGAUGCGACUCGAAUGGGGGCACACAGCUGAAUCCAGUUGGAUUUAAGCAACUGAAAAUGGUUCAGGUUAUGAACUCAAAACAGCACAGAAGUGUAAAAUGAGAUGUGUAAAGAGUGUAAGGUUUGAGUAAGUUGAAUGGCAUGGAGUGUUCGCUGCGCUAGUUCUGUUCAGAGAGGCAUUUAUUGGCUUGAGUUAUAACGGACUAUGGUUAAGAUUGCAGAUGACUAAAUUGUGUUGCAGGAAAUUAUUAUAACCAAUGAAAGUUCCCAGGUAUGCUCUCAUUGUAAUGUAUGUGUAUGUAUUUACAGAACAUACUGUGUGUGUUCUGUCAGUCUGUUUCCAUUACAUUAUCAGUACGUUGUAUACAUUGGCAAUAAUACUCCAGUCAAAGGUGUAGCCACAUGGGUCCAUUGAAACAGAGAAACCAAAUAAAACUCCUUGCUUCAGA